GCAGACUUCCGGUUCUCGCGGAGCUCGGUGGCGGGGUGACAUCUGUUGAGGAGGACAGGAUGGGGGGGCGGGUGGCAGGCACCCCCGCUCUUAACGGCACCAAUCCCACCGCCCAAUAUUGUGUGCUGACUAAAAUAAAGCAUAUGUUGUAGUUUUUUUAACAUUUGCUGUUUUAAGUGGAGGAAGGAGGACUCGAACCCUCGGGACCAAAGGCCAGAAAGCCAGGCCCUGGGCUGGCCAUGAAGAUUGGCGGCGUAAAGGAAGAGGACGAGGAGGAAGAUGGAGGAAGAGGUGUGACCUACCCGGACUGGGCCUACAAACCCGACUCCAGCCCCGGGAGCCGGCAGGUCCAGCUCUGGCACUUCAUCCUGGACCUGCUGCGGAGGGAGGAGUUCCGAGAGGUGAUUGCCUGGCAGGGCGAUUUCGGGGAGUUUGUCAUCAAGAACCCCGAUGAGGUGGCUCGCCUGUGGGGAGCGAGGAAGUGCAAGCCCCAGAUGAACUAUGAUAAACUCAGCAGGGCCCUGAGGUAUUACUAUGGCAAGCAGAUCCUUAACAAGACCAAGGGCAAGAGGUUUACCUACAAGUUCAACUUGAGUACCCUGGUGAUGGUCAGCCAGACCCUUGCAGGGUUACGAGAUGGCGGUGCGAUCAUGCCUCGCAGUGCUCCCCCCAUACCGUCAGCCUACCCCUUGCACCGAACACUGGUACCCCUGUCUCCGGGGGCUCCGCGAACGACCCGCGGUUCAGUGUCUGAUGGCAGUGCAGGGACACCCGAGGAGCUAGCAGGGGCAGCCGCCACCUAUCCCUUCGUGUCUCCACUGCUGUGCCCAGAGUCCGCCAGCCCCUUUUCUCCGCUCCCUCAUCACCCACGGCAGGGGCCCAUCUCGCCCCCGGCGGUUGGCCAUCACUUCACCUUCAGCCCUGAGGAGACUUUCCUCUACCUCCGGGGUGGCCUGCAGGUCGUACCCGCCUUUCAGCCCAACCUUCGCUGUCUGCCUGGCUCGCCGGGGCCGGUCUCUGCAAGGCCCACCCCGGCAGAAGAGCCCGUGGCUGGAUUCCAGCUUCAGCCUCCACCGCCAGGCCGCAGGGCUGAAGGGACGGAGCGGCCGGUGGACCUGGUGCCUGCUGCGGAUCUGCUCCCGAGUGACCAGCCCAGGAAGCAGUGCUCUCCUUCGCCCUCACCCUGCAUGCCACCUAAGCUGCGCUUCAAGAGGCAGCGUGCGGAGGAAACGGGUCCAAAUGACUCUCCCCACCCUGGCCACUGGGCUCCCCCCCAUGACCGAUGGUGACGAGAGAUGAUCUGGGCCUGUGACUGACUUUGAGAGAUCGGGAGCUGAGCUGCAGAUCGAGUACUUUGGCCGCGCCACCAAAUGCCGCGAACCCUUUCCUCCACUGCUCAAUCCGCUGCUCAUGAUCUGUCAACCCUGUCUCCCGUAAACUCCCUUCCAUCCCUAAUCCCUCACCUCCCCACCAAAUCACAAGGCCAGGUGCCUGGGGUCUGUGUUAAAGUUCCCGUGAGCCUUGCCUGUGGUGCCUGGCUUAGAAAGCUGCAGAGUUCCUGUGAAUAUUCUGUGCGUUCUGCUCUUUGACACCGCCCCCCCUCCCCCCCCUAAGCGAGGACCUGCGAUAAUCCUGUUCCCUCUUGAUGGGAUUCAGGCUGCCUGGUGUUUGGCGGUGAGAGGUUUAGUUUCUGAAUUAUAAAUACCAUUUUGUGCCUGCCAGCUUAUUUCUGAAUUUGAAAUGUAAUUUUAUGAAACACAAUAUCCCUGGAAUGUGCUUCUUGUAUAUAUUUUUUGUAGAGAUUUAUUGUUCAAACUAAUAAGACAUUAAAUUAGAUUUU